AUGGAAGGAUCCGAAGUUACAGUGCUUGCAGCACUUGGAGCAGCCCUUAGUGCCAUGGUUUACUUUAGCUGGUCAGGAUCGUCGGCCCAAGGCUCCAAUGCCGACCAAGCAUCAGCAAGGAACGCGUCUGCUGGCACCAGCAGAAACGUAUCGAAGAAGGGGAAAAGGCGAAAGCGUGCAGAUACAGUCACGCCUGGUGCCUACGCAGAGGACUCUGCGAUCGAGAGCAGCGCAGCUAAUCCAAAGCCAUCUACACCAGUUCCAAAGGUUUCUGUACAGCGCACAGAGCCAACCAUUCCUGGAGGACUUGCACCAAUAUUAACUGCCAGCGAUAUGGAGUCGGUUCACUCGGCAGCCUCGUCGUCGAAGAAUAAAAAGAAGAAGAAGAAAUCCACUCAGUCUGGUGAAAAGUCUGCGGGAAGCUCGCUCGCCCCGCCGUCAGCCUCCAAGGCUAAACAGCGAUCGUCGCACACCCAAGAUGCCAGUGGCCUAUCCGAAUUCGACUCGGAGAGUGGAUGGACAAGGGUGCAGAGGACACGGACAAGCUCGAGUCGAGCCGCUGAGAGUACGAGCGACGCCGGAGUCACGACGAGUGUCACAGAGGAAGAGGGUUCCGUAUCGUCCAAGCGCGAAGAGACGCUCACGAGUGCCGAGAAGCUUCUUCCCAAAGCACCAAAGACUGCUGUGGACGAUAUGAUAGACGGCCCUAAGCCGGGUAUAGCGCGUGUUCUUCGCGUUCCAGGCCCAACGUCAGCAUCCAAAGCAGAAUAUACCAAGCCUGCUGGCAACCUCACCUUGGAUGAUUACGAGGACGGCUCAGAUUUCAAGGGAUCGGGGGUCGAGGCUGACGAAGAGGACUCGACGUGGGAUGUUGUUGGUCGCAAGAAACGUGGUGGAACUCGAACUCCGUCUACGUAUGCAUCAGACACCGCCCCUUCGACCAUUGGCACGAGUAAUGUAGCACCUACGAAGAAGCAACGACAAAACGCUGCAAAGCGCCAAGCAGAAAAGGACCGAAAAGCAGCAGCCGACAAGGAGAUGGAAGCUGCACGCGCUAAACAUAUGCGCGAUUUGGAAAAAGCUCGUAUUGACGAGCAGUACAGAGGGAAAAAGGGACUGAGUGGUGGCAUGACAGCCAAGGUCGACUCGUCCGGCUCUUUGGUUUGGGAGUAG